AGUGAAAACAAAAAAAAAUCUUCAAAAACAGUGAAAAUGACGCAAACUAAGCCAUACUACGCGAUUGUGUCCGGUUUAUGUGCAUCAUCGGCGAGUUUCUUCGGAAAAUUGAGCUCACUCGGCCAGCAGUUGGCCGAAAAUUUUGGCAACAAAGAGCUGGAAUUGCUAGCACAAGUGCUCUGCAUUGUCAUAAUGGUCCUCUUGAACGCCUGCGUGUGGCGAUUCUUCGUGAAAGCCCUCCACACCAACGGCGGAACACUGGUGGCAUCACUGGUCAGUGCUGCCACAAACUACACGGUAUCGGCCCUUCUCGGAUGGCUAAUAUUCAACGAGAGAACUUCCAUCCUCUGGUGGAUCGGAACGGCUUUGGUACUGAGCGGUCUGCUACUCAUAGUGAACGAUGACGAAAGCAGUCGGGUCAAGGAGGAAAAGAAAGAACACUAGUCGAUGAA